AUCGGUUUUCGUAGUAGAUACUUUUUCUAUCGAUUAUUUGUUUAUAUUUUGACAUCGUGCACUGUAACUUGUGUUGAAAAUCUAAAAAACCUCUGUUCAAUUGUUUAUCUUCUCUAAUAUGCAUGUCCAUUUUAUUUACAGAUUGAAGGUACUCAUUUCUGCUAUCCCCUGUAAUGAGAACUCAGAAUAAUCCGUGUUGCUUGAUGAAUGAUAACUAGACUAUGGAUUUUACUCGAAUCCUCGCGCAUCUGUCCUUCUUGAGUUCUGGGCGCUGUAACGUCGGCGAAUUUUUUGCGCGGGUUUUUUUUUAUUGGGGUUGGUUAUGUUGUAAUUGCAUAAGCAGUUCGCACGUUGCUCUGCAAAAAGUACUUUUGCAAUUCACUUUUUUUAUUCAGAAUCAGGUGUCUUAUCAAAAAUAGAAUUACAAACUAUCAUUGAUUACCUGUGAAAAUGCCAAGGAAAGCUUCUACUUCUGUCAUGAAAGAUGAAAUUCCAUCGCGAGGUAAAAGAAUCACCAGAGCAUCUUCGAAACCUCUCUCCGAAACUUCUAAAACGAAGGAAGAAAUAAAUGAAGUGAUUAAAAAACCUCGAAUUGUUGCAAAAAAUGGAAUAAAAAAUAAAACAAGAGAAUUAAAAACAGACAUUGAUAAAACUUCCAAAGAACAAGUCAAAAAAACAGCCAAAGGAUCAAAUAAAAAGACAAAAACUGAUACUUUGGAAAGAGCUAAUUGCCCGGGUAAAAGUAAAACUAAUAAAACUAAAGGGAAAGAAAAUAUCAUUAAUCAAAAUAAAAAAAGAACUCGUCAAGAUUCUGAAGGAGAUAAGAGUGAAGACUAUGAAAAUGCAGAAAAAGUGGAGCCUGCAAAAUCCAACCCUAUUAAAAAGAGAAGAUUAAUUAUUCCAGAUUUUGAAUGCAGCGAUGGAUCCGAGGAUGAAUAUAAACCUGAUUCAGAUCUCUCAGAUGAAGAAUCAGAUGACAAUUUUGCAGUGGAAUCUGAGAGCUCACUUGAAGAAAUGUCAGAGAGCGAUUUCAGUGACAACAAUGAAUCGGAAGAAGAUAAUUUACCCACAAAAAAAGUAUCAAAGAACAAAACAUCUAAUGCCAAAUCAAGUUCUCAUAAACCCAAAAAAGCAUGUGCAACUAAAUCUCUAAGGAGCAAAACAGCAAAAGUCACAACUGCAAAAUCUAAAGAUUUACCUAUUCCAGAAACUGUGGUAGAAAAAUCUGCCAGCUCAAUAACCUGGCCUCAUUUGACUUGGGAGUUUUUACAAACUGAUCAUAUAAUGGACAAAAAUAAACGAAGACCAGAUCAUCCUGAAUAUGAUCCAAAAACUUUAUAUGUCCCAGAGGAAUUUUUCAACAAACAAACUGCUACAAUGCGUCAGUGGUGGUCUCUUAAAUCUGAACAUCUGGACACUCUGUUAUGUUUCAAAUGGGGCAAGUUUUAUGAAUUGUAUCAUAUGGAUGCAGUUACUGCUGUAAAUGCUGUUGGCUUAGCAAUACAUAAGAAAGACAUAGCUCAAGCAGGAUUUCCUGAAAAAGCUUACUGUCGUUUUGCUGGUGGUCUUAUUGAACAAGGAUAUAAAGUUGCAAGAAUUGAACAAACAGAAACUUCAGAAGCUAUGAAUGCAAGGGUAGCAAAUGAAAUGAAAAUUUUGAAUACAAAGAAAGUUGAUAAAGUUGUAAGACGAGAAAUAUGUCAAAUCAGUACAAAAGGAACUAGAGUUUUUACUCAGUUAGAUGAACCAACUAGAAAUCCAGCAGCUUCUUUUCUUUUAUCAUUAUAUGAGAAAAAAGAUCAAAGAAAUUCAACUAUACAAUAUGGUGUUUGUUUUGUUGAUGCUUCUAUUGGACACUUUUAUCUAGGUCAAUUUCAAGAUGAUCAGUGUAACUCUAGAUUACUAACAUUGCUUGCUCACAGUCCACCAGCUCAAAUUGUUUUUGAACGUGGGAAUUUAUCAUCGGCCACUCUUAAAAUAUUGGAACAUUUAGCACCAAAUGUUUUAAAAGAAGGUUUAUUGAAAGAAAAUCAGUUUUGGACUCCUCCAAUGGUUUUGAAGUGUCUUCAAGAGGAAGAAUAUUUCAAAAAUGAUGAAGAUUCAAGUUUUUCAUGGCCAGAUGGUCUAAAAUCUUUUAUUAUUGAAGAUAAUUCUGAAAAGGCUGUGGUUAGUGAAGGUAAAGAAUUGGCUUUGAAUGCUCUAGGAGGCUGCGUAUAUUUACUUCGUCGUUAUAAAUUAGAUUAUCAAGUAUUGUCACAGCGAAAUUUUCAUUCUUACAUUCCUCCAGAUUUUACCUGUGAUUCUAAAUCAACAGAAACUAGAUUUGCUCAAAAUAUGGUAUUGGAUGCCAUGACUAUAAAUAAUUUGAGGAUUCUGGGCAAUGAUGGAUCAUUAAUAGACACCUUAGAUACUUGUUGUACUCCAUUUGGAAAAAGAUUAUUGAAAGAAUGGAUUUGUAAGCCCUCCUGUCAAAAAUUAGUGAUUAAAAAACGACAAAAUGCCAUUGGACAAUUACUGGAUAAUUUGGACGUUAUUAAAACCGCUCGUAGCAUGUUAAGUGAAUUAUCUGAUCUUGAGCGUCUUUUGAGCAAGAUUCACGUUCAAGGAAAUGCAGCUAUAAAAAAAAAUCAUCCAGAUGGACGAGCUAUACUUUGUGAAACUCAACAUUAUACCAAAAAAGCUAUAAAGGAAUUUAUUGAAGUUCUCUCUGAAUUUGAAAAAAUUCUGCUUAUAACUGAUUUGUUUACUAAGUUCAAUGAUCGCUUGAUUCAAGAAUGUACUCAUUUCCAGCCGGCUGGUGAUUUUCCUGAUUACAGGGAACUUUUAAAGCAUUUCAAAGAUUCUUUUGAUCACGAUGAAGCUCUUGAAAGUGGCAUAAUAAUUCCAAAAAAAGGAGUUGAUAAAGAUUACGAUGCUACUGUAAAAAUAUUUGAUCAAAUUGACAAAGAAGUAGAUGAUUACGUAGAGGCACAAAAAAUUUACUUUAAAGGUUCAGUAAAACUUGUUGGAUCUGAGGGUAAAAGAUAUCAAAUUGAAAUAGCUGAAAGUCUAUUCAAGGAAGCUGAUACUGAAAGAUAUAAAGUCAUGGAUGCUAAAAAAGGAAAAAUUCGAUUUUACACAACAGAAGCAGAGGAACUGCUGGAAAGAAAAAUACAAGCUGAAGAAUUACAAGAUGUGGCACUCAGAGAUAUCAAUAGAAGAAUAUUUGGAAAAUUUAGCAAACAUUAUCAUGAAUGGAGCAAAGCAGUUCAUAACAUAGCAGUACUAGAUUGUUUAAUUUCUUUGGCAGAAUAUGCUCGAUCUAAUGAUACCUGUAUUCCAGAGAUAUAUGACGAUACAGAUAAUAAAGGAUCUCUCAUUGAAAUUAGGGAUGGAAGGCAUCCUUGCAUUAGUCUUGACAACUAUAUUUCAAAUGAUACUCUAAUGUCAACUGAUGGAGUUGCUUCUUUAAUAAUUUUAACUGGGCCCAAUAUGGGUGGUAAAUCUACUUUAAUGCGCCAAGUUGGUCUAAUAACAGUGAUGGCUCAAAUUGGUUGUUAUGUGCCAGCAGCAGAAUGUAAAUUAACUUUAGUAGAUAGGAUAUUUACUCGUCUUGGAGCUAAUGAUGAUAUAAUGUCAGGACAAAGUACAUUCUUAGUCGAGUUGAAAGAAACUGCUGUUAUUCUAAAACAUGCCACGAAGUACUCAUUAGUUUUAUUAGAUGAAUUGGGUCGUGGUACAUCCACUUAUGAUGGAACGGCAAUUGCUGCAUCAGUUGUAGAGGCUCUAACUAAAACAAAUUGCAGAACUCUUUUUUCCACUCAUUAUCACUCUCUCGUAGAAGAUUAUAGAGCAAACAAUAAUGUUUCUCUUGCUCAUAUGGCUUGCAUUGUAGAAAAUGAAAACGAAGAUCAAGCUUGUGAAUUAAAUGUUACGUUCCUUUAUAAAUUAACAGAAGGUAGUAGUCCAAAAUCGUAUGGUUUUAAUGCUGCUCGAUUAGCUGGAGUACCUGCGAAUAUUAUCAACCGAGCUCAUAAGCUUGCAUCAAAGUUGGAAGCUGAAGUAAAUCUUCGGCAUGCAUUUACAGCACUGUGUAAAUUGUCUGAUAAAACUGCAUUUAAACCUUUAAUUCAUAAGGGUAUUCAAAUUUUGUCCAAAUGCUGAAUUGUGUCAUCUAUGUCGUCGUUUACACUUUUAAAUUAAUGUAAAUGUGUUUUUGUUGUCAUUUUUAUUUUCUUCGAAAUAUUGAUCAUGAAUAAAAUUUAUGAUAGUAGUCUUCAUGAGUCUGUCAUUUUCUCUGUUAUUAUUAGUUGUUGUAUAUAACUCAAUUGAUCAUGUAUGCACAGAUUAUACUGUAUAAUUAUAUCGGAUUAAAUACUCAAACACGUAAAAACUGCGCGUUAAAUGCAUUAAAUUUUAAGUUUCGCACUGUGCGUAUGUAUUAUUUGUCUACAAAUGCAAAAUGUCCUAAUUUGUGCAAAAAUAAAAUGAAAUAUUCUGGAA